UGAUGGUGGCAUUGCUCCCAGAAGAAAGAGUGUAGCCCAAGUGUCGAUAAAAGGCACAUCGACCUGCGAAAAGAAACCAUCUCCUUUCUUCUGCUACAGAGAUAGGAAUUUCCUGCGCAGUGUGCAAAGGAAAAGAAUAGAAAAGGAAAGAAAGAAGAAGGCAACGGCCGCUUUUAAGCGCCUUUAUUCCGUGAAAGGCGAGAUCUUUAAGAGAAGUAACGGAUAGAUAGCAUAGCAGCACAUCUGCAACAGAGGAGGGAAGAGGAAGAGGAAGAGGAAGAGGAAGUGGAAGGAGAGCAGAAGCCAUGGAUUUUAGCUCGUUCGUGACGUCCCUCGCGACUUCCUUCGUCAUCUUCUUGGUGCUGAUGUUGAUCUUCAACUGGCUGCAGAGGAGGCCCGGCAACGCCGUCAUCUACUAUCCCAGCCGCAUCCUCCGGGGUUUGGACCCUCUGGAAGGGCGGAAAGCGACGAGGAACCCCUUCGCGUGGAUCAGGGAGGCCGUGAGCGCCUCCGAGGCCGACGUCAUCGCCGCCGCCGGCGUUGACGCCGCCGUCUACCUCGUCUUCCUCUGCUCCGUAUUAGCAAUUCUGGUCCUCUCUGGAAUUGUUCUGCUGCCAGUUCUUCUUCCAGUGGCCGCCACUGUCCUUACUCGGCCAUCUUCCUCAGAUAGCAAUAGCGAGGAAGGCUUCGAAAACCUCGACAAGUUAACCAUGGGGCAUGUCCAUAAGGGAAGUCCGAGGUUAUGGGCAUUUUUACUUGGAGUAUAUUGGGUUUCUUUUGCAACAUACUAUGUUCUAUGGAAAGCAUAUCGACAUGUCUCGAAUCUGAGAGCUGGAGCAAAAUCAAGUGAAGAAGUAAGGCCUGAAGAGUUCGCCAUAUUGGUGAGGGACAUACCGGCGACCGCCUCCGGUCAGUCUAUUAAGGAUCAAGUGGAAUCAUACUUCAGAUCACUUCACCCUGAAACAUUUCACAAAUCCAUGGUUGUCACAGACAACACAGAGGCUAACAAAAUUUGGGCAGAGAUAGAAGGCUACAAGAAGAAACUUGCUCGAGCAGAAGCAGUGUAUGCGGAGUCGAAAACUACAGGCAAACCAGAUGGCAUAAGGCCUACAAACAGACUAGGCUUUCUUGGUCUAGCCGGCGAAAAAGUCGACACAAUUGAACACUGCAAUCAGAAAUUAAAGGAAUUGGUACCUAAAUUAGAGGCUGAGCAAAGUAUCACCCUAAGGGAGAAACAACAACAGGCAGCCAUUGUCUUCUUCAACAGCAAGACUGCUGCUGCUUCUGCUGCUCAGACAAUUCACUCUCAGAACGUCGAUACAUGGACGGUAAUGGAAGCUCCCGAGCCACGACAGUUAAUAUGGACUAACUUGCCGAAGAAGUUCUAUGAGAGACAGAUAAGAGCUUCUGCCAUUUACGGCUUAGUCUUCCUCACCGUAGUCUUCUACAUGAUCCCCAUUACAUUUGUCUCUGGUUUCACAACUGUGGAAAAUUUGAAGAAGUAUCUGUCCUUUACGAAGAAGAUUGUGGAUCAGCCAGAGAUCAGAACUGUCUUGGAGGCUUACCUGCCUCAGCUUGCACUCAUUGUAUUCUUAGCUCUGUUGCCGGGUUUUCUUAUGUUUCUAUCGAAACAGGAAGGAAUCCCCUCCGAGAGCCAUGCGGCGCGAGCUGCCUCUGGGAAAUACUUCUACUUCAUAGUUUUCAAUGUCUUCCUUGGAGUAACAAUUGGUGGUGCAUUGAUUGAUUCACUGAAGACUAUUGUUAAUCACCCUUCAGAGAUUGUCACACUGCUCGGCGCGAGUCUGCCUAAAAGUGCCACUUUCUUCCUCACCUUUGUCGCUCUCAAAUUCUUCGUCGGCUAUGGACUUGAGCUAUCGCGCAUCGUUCCUCUAAUUAUCUUUCAUAUCAAGAGGAGAUUUCUUUGCAAAACUGAAGCUGAGGUUAGAGAGGCUUGGGCUCCUGGUGACUUUGGCUACGCGACUAGGAUUCCUGUCGACAUACUUAUCGUCACCAUUGUUCUCUGUUACUCAGUAAUAGCCCCUAUAAUCAUUCCUUUCGGAGUCAUGUACUUCGGCCUCGGCUGGCUCAUCGCUCGUAAUCAAGCUCUUAAAGUUUAUGUGCCGAGGUAUGAGAGCUAUGGUCGGAUGUGGCCUCACAUUCAUUUACGAAUUAUCGCAGCUCUGAUUGUGUAUCAAGUCUCGACGUUUGGCUACAUUGGCUUGAGGAAAUUCGUAUAUGCUCCCUUCUUGAUUCCCGCCAUCGUGUUCUCUUUCAUCUUUGCCUUUGUGUGUCGAAAGCGAUUCUACCUUGCCUUCGCCCACACACCACUAGAGGUUGUUGCAUCACAAGGGAAGAAGGAGGUCCCAAAUAUGGAAGCAAUAUACACAGCUUACAUUCCACAAUGCUUGGUAAACGAUAAGUUUGAGGACAGCGACAUGUUUGAAGAUGCUCACUCGCAGUCACUGAGAACGACAUCGUUCUGAAGUUGAUCGUCCAUUGCCUUACUGAAUGCAUCUGUUUGGUGUACAUUCGAUUGCAUUGUGUUGUUUCCUGAAUUCUGUUUAUAUAGCAGUUGCUGCUGAUUUGGUAGUGUUUUAACUAAGACUUGUUGAAGAAGUGUUUUAAGCAAGAAAGUAUUUAGAAUC